CCCUUGCUUGCAGCCAUUGUAAAACACAGCUUUCAAACAGAGUACAUCGCAGUUUGAGAUAGACAACUAUUUGCUGUUUUUUGGUUCCUUUUUAAUCUCAGUUUUGUUAAGCACAAUUGUACUUUAAAGAAAAGAAAAAAGCAAUCUAAUUUAUUUUUCUGAAUAGUCGUAUUUAAUUGUCGUUUAUUUAAAUCUAUUAAGCGCUGAGCCGACGCUCGACACGUCGCAUUCCCAGGCAUCGAAUUUACUGAGGACACACACAUACAACCCUUCGCCGUUUGUUUCGCGCAUUCAUUUGAAGAUUUUUGUUUCGGUAACCAAGAAGACGUAGGUUUAAGGGACGCGUUUCAAUUUAGAUGGCAAGCUUCCCAGAUUUUGUCAACGAAAAUGAAAUAGGUAACGCUAAGUUCAUCGGGGAACUCCUACCUCCUGUUGCUCCCUUUGACCAGAAGUCUGGACGGGAGACUUGGACUGUAGCUUUUGCACCUGACGGUUCCUACUUCGCUUGGUCUCAAGGGCAUCGAAUUGUUAGACUUGUACCAUGGAAAAAAUGUUUAGCAAGCUUUUCUGUAAGCAAGGAAGAUCGGUCGAGCAAUGCAGGGCCUCGACGACUCUCUCGGCAGAACAGUGAGGGCAGUUUGGUGCCAGGCGAGCCUAGAGAGCACACCAUCGAUUGCGGUGACAUUGUGUGGGGGCUGGCCUUUGGCUCUUCUGUUCCUGAGAAGCAGAGUCGCUGCGUGAACAUCGAAUGGCACCGCUUCAAAUUUGGUCAGGACCAGCUGCUGCUGGCCACUGGCCUCAACAAUGGCCGUAUCAAAAUCUGGGACGUCUAUACAGGAAAGCUUUUGUUGAACCUGAUGGACCACACAGACAUUGUGCGGGACCUGACAUUUGCCCCAGAUGGAAGUUUAGUGCUAGUUUCUGCCUCGAGAGACAAGACUCUACGUGUGUGGGACCUCAAAGAUGACGGUAACAUGGUGAAAGUAUUACGUGGCCAUCAAAACUGGGUCUACUGCAGCGCUUUCUCUCCUGAUUCAUCAGUCCUUUGUUCUGUUGGUGCAGGAAAAGCGGUCUUCCUGUGGGACAUGGAUAAGUACACAUUGGUCCGUAAGCUAGAGGGUCAUCAUAACGAUGUGGUGUCCUGUGAGUUUUCUCCUGAUGGGGCUCUGCUGGCCACAGCUUCCUACGACACCCGUGUCAUAGUAUGGGACCCUCAUUCAGCAACCAUUCUGCUUGAGCUGGGGCAUCUCUUCCCUCCUCCCUCGCCCAUAUUUGCUGGAGGAGCAAAUGAUCGAUGGGUUCGCUCCGUUGCCUUCUGUCACGAUGGUCGGCACAUUUCCAGUGUCACUGAUGACAGGUUGGUGCGGUUCUGGAGCAUUGAUGAGAAGAGUCCUCAAGCCAUCGCCCCUCUCACUAAUGGCCUCUGUUGUGCCUUUUCUACUGAUGGAAGUGUCUUAGCUGCCGGGUCUCGUGAUGGCAGCGUGCAUUUCUGGGCUUGUCCACGCAGUAUUGCAAGCCUUCAGCACCUGUGCCGCAUGGCCUUGCGGAGAGUCAUACCCACCCAGCAGGUUUACACGCUGCCUAUUCCUUUCUCCAUGCAGGAUUACUUGGCCUACAAGAUGCUUUAGCUUCAAAUGCAUACAACAGCACUCUGUGAAUUUUUGUUUUGUUUUGUUUUUUAAACGUAUAAAGGAAAAAAAAAACAGACCUUGUGAUGAAUUAUUCAUUGUAAGCAUUUGUAUUUUUUUUUCUUUUUUUCACUUUUCCAGCUCGGGGUGAAUCUCAUUACUUUUUAUUUGUUGAGCUUUUUGCUGUCUUUCAAGCCCAUAUCAGGUAGUGGCCUUCAGACACCCUCGACUUGUGUUUAAAAAAUAAAUAAAAAAAAAUAGGCUUUUUUACAUUUUUUCCCCCACCCUGGCACAACUUCUUAUACAGCACCUUAGGGUGGGUAAAUGAUUGCUAAUGCUGGGUUACAGUGGUGCUUCUCUUGCUCAGUUCAGGAAGCUCUUCCUGCAUUGAGUUUAAGAGUCCUAAUGGGGGAUAGUUCUCAGUGUCUCCUAAAAGCUCAACAGUGUUUUUUUCUUCUUUGGCUGUGAGGGGGAUUGAAGGGAAGUGUCAAUAAUGUGAAAGUGUAUGUGUGUGUGUGUGAGAGAGAGACAGGUUCCUAUGACAGGACUGAUUCUAGUAGUUCAGGGACAUAGGCAGUGCCUCCCCUUUACGUACCUCUUUAGAAAAUAGAUGCUAAUGCUGCCUCAGUUAUGGCCUUCAUUUCCACAAACCUGAAAAACUACAGUAACAGGAGUUUCAGGUUUUUUUUUCCCCUCAAAAUUGUAUAUUUUUUACUUGUAUAGAGAUUUGUAAAGGCACUGUUUUUGUUGUGUGUGUGUGUGUAUAAUAUAUAUAUAUAUAUAUAUAAAUGUAUAUUUUGCUCUUUUUUUUCUCCAUGCUACUCAUCCAUCAGUGCUUGUAUUGGAAGUCUGCUCUGUACAUUAUUUCUUGUGCGAUGAUAAAAAUCUGUAGGUGAAUGACACAAAGGAUUGCUUUUAAGGAGAGACGGGUGUGUUAAAGAGAGGAAAAUUGCCAGCCAGUUUUAUUUACAAUGAUGAGAUUGCCUAUCACUGCUGCCACAUCCCCGAUUUCCUGUUCCGAAAGAGUUGCCGCCUACUUCCACUUGCUGUAUUUGCUAUUAAAAAAUAUGGCACUUAAUAACUUUGGAGGGCCAGACCCCAUGCAUCGUCUUGUUCUAUCCAUAAUCUCUCCACUUUAAAACUCUCAUUCAGAUCUGGCAUUCUAACCAUCUGUGUUUUAACAGAGAGCCAAAGUGAAGUUGUAUGGAGAUGGUUGGUGUCUUAUCUAUCUCUUAUUUUGAGGGAAUUGGUUAUAUUGGGGCCAAAGAUCGUGGGAUGUACUGUUUGUUUAUUGAUUGUAGAUGUGUAUGGACCUGCCAGAUAAAACUCUGAUGGUGACAUGGGGAGUUCAGAAUGGUUAUAUUAAAGGUGCAAUAUGUAAAUUUUUCAUGUAAUAUUCGCCUUUUUUUUUUUUUUUUUGUGAAAGGCUUGUAACGUAACUUAAAAAAUGAGCCCUUCCCAGACUUCCUAAGUUGCCUAUUAAAGCCUGUAGACUGAUUUUCAUGCGAAGGGAGCGGGUCGCUUUUGCCAGGAAAAUCCAAAGGAUGUGACGUUUAUGCACGCUUCCGAGAGCCUUUCCUCAGACAGUACUAGCUUCUCUUCCACUAUUCAACAGCGACAACAGUCUGCAACACUAGGUGACGUUAUCUUAGAGAUGGAAUCCAGCAAACGGCCGGCUCCCAGCACAACACCGACUCCUACACAAACUCUGAGUAAGCCCAAAAAAAAAUAAAAAAUAACUUACUGAAUCAUGUCUAGUUAGGUGGGAACGUGGUCGAGCGAAAACUAGAGUGAACAUUGGCUGGGCAUUUGAUUCCUGGAGGGACCUUCGUUUGGUUUUGGGGAUCAGAACUGACCCUGAAUUGGUGUUCUUAUUGGACAGGUAAGCAAAGCACGUGAAAUAUAGUGCCAUAAGGAUUGAUCUGUGUAAUUUUAGCUAACUUGAUCUUGCCUGCUAACGCUGACGAAUUGCAAGCUACCUUGCUUCAUAACUUUCAAAUAAUUUCAACGAUCUUCUCUUUAUUCUAAAAGUCAGGUCAAUGUUAAUCUGUAAUUAUUCAGCAAGGUAAACUACAAUAACACAUGAAAUGAAUGCUAGACAAUGUUCAAGAUAAUGCAAAAAGCUCCAUUCAUUAGUGUAACGUAACUUGGUUAUACAGAAAAUAUGUACAUAUAAAACAAUAGCACAUCGAUAUAUCAAAAUGUUGGAAUUGUGUCAACAUUUAUAACGUCUAUUUUAUAAACGGCUACUGUCAUCAUCCACCAAAUUUAGCUAACAGCUUUUGAUAAAGCUGGCUAGCUAACUAACGCCGACAGGCUAUCGUAUAAAUGCAGUCAAUGUAUCAUGCAAAGAAAAGUGAUUAUGCGAGACUGUAGUUUGAAGUAAUCAGACCUAUAUCCACACUUUGUAUUUUGUUUUAGUUUUUUGCCCUGUUCCAGCACUGGAGAGUUAAAUAUAAUAUAGUCUCAAAGUUUGUAGUAAAACAAUCAUAACUGUGUAAUUUUAAUUCUGCUACCUCAUCUGUUAGUAUGCCGGUGAAUCGCGUUCAGUCUCUUUGUUUUGGCCAAUGCUCAUGUCCCUGUGGAGUGUGUGCGUGCGAUCACGAGUAACAGGCAGCUGCAGUUCACUUAACGGCGACAGGUGUCAUUAAUAAUAAGGGUUUCUGAAUCUUACAUACUGCACCUUUAAGAAUGUGGGAUUCAGAAUGUGGCAUAUUCGUCUGGUCAUGCAGUCAAAAACGGUCUUGGCAAUAAAAUGUGUUGUAAACCAUAAAGCUGAUGCCAAAGAUCCCAUUGGGUUCUAAUUGAUGUAAAUGGCACUCAGUCAGUUUUCUCUUUCCCUCCCUCAAUUAUGGCUAAAACUUGAGAAAGUAUUUUUUGUAUAUGUAUGCCUGUUCUUUGUUUUAUGAUGAAUGCUGAUAUAACAGAUUGGGUUUAUUUUUUGCUUCCUCUUUAGUAGAUUUAGAAUGGAUAAAUAGAUGCACUUCAGUGUUGCAAACAAAAUGUUAGUAUGGUGUAUGAAAUGUUCAAUCAUUAAUGAAUAUUAUAGAGAAAAUGCUUGGAUAUUAGUUCAUUUGUCCAACUCUUUCACAUAGAGAUAGAAUGCCUAAACUAUGCUGUGCUCACCAAGAGCAACUUAACUGUUCUCAAAAAAAAUUAGACAAGAAUGUACUUUUUCCUCCAGGCAGUGUUUUCUUUUUUUUUUUCUUUUUUGUUGCUUGUUUUAUGAUGGUUGUUGAAAUAAAGGAGUUUUUCUAAAACA